AUGGAAAGAAUCCCAGUCAAUUGGAUCACGGAUAUCCCAAUCGUCACUAGAACAUGGACAGUCUCCAUCUUGCUCACCUCCGUUUUGGUGGACUCCAACAUCAUUAAAUUACAUGAUAUAAUACUGACUCCAAAUUUGAUCAGACAACAACCAUGGAGAUUAAUAACAUGUUUCUUAUUCAUGGGUCAUUUUGAUAUCAAUUUAGUACUCUCUUUAUAUUUGAUAGUCCAGUACUCGAGACAAUUGGAGGAAUCUUUUAAUAGAACUCGUGAUUAUUUAUGGUUUAUUACAACGUGUUCAAUUUUAUUAAUUUUAUAUUCAACUUAUAUUAGAAAUUUAGGAUUUUUGGGCAAUUUCUUAAAUGAAGCAUUGAAUUAUAUAUGGAGUAGACAAAACCCAGAUGUCAUGAUGGGGUUUUUAGGAUUGAUUGAGUUUAAAGCUGGAUAUCUAAGUUUUUUAUUAAUAUUUAUGAGUUUUUUAAGAAACCCAUCUGGUUGGGAUUAUAAAUUAGAAUUGGCCCCAUUCUUUAUUGGUCAUGUUGUGUUUUAUUUUGAUGCAGUUUGGGCAAAAGUGUUUGGGUUUAACCCUUUAGCUGCACCAUGGAAUUGGUUAUAG